AUGGAUGGUGAGGAAUUUAAAAAGAAAAGGGAAAAAUCAGUUACGGAAGAAGUAGUAUAUGAACUUAAUAAAGAAUUGAACGAAAAAUUAAAAGAAAUAAAAAAAGACCAUGAUAGAAUAUUUGAAGAAAAAAGAAAUAAGGUCGGUAAAUUAGUGAAAAAAGAAUUAAUUGAAAACGAAAACAAUAAAGAACUGAAAGAAAAAUUAGACAAUAAAAGAAACGAAUAUAAUAAAGUGUUGGAAGAAAAGAUAAAAGUCGAAAAUGAUAAAAUUUUGAAAGAAAGCAUAGAAGAUGGGCGUAAAAUAGUUUCGGGAAAAUAUAAUGAUUUUAUUGUUGAAUUAAAAGAAAUGUGGUCUAGAGCUAUUUUUUAUCAAGUAUUUAAUGAAGUAUAUAAAAAAGAGGAGAAAAAGGAUGUGAAAAUUAAAUUUAAUAAUGAAAAGGAAAAAGGAGAAGCUAGCUCUAACAAAGCAACAAUUCAAGCUAAACAAUACGAACAUCUUCCUCAUUCUGACGAAAACGGUGUAAUUAGAAAAACAUUUUUGCUUAAAAUUUAUGGAAAAGAAAAUGCAGUAAAAUUGGUUAAAGGAAAAAAAGAUUCAGCAAUUUUUGUGAAUAUAUACGAUGAAGAUACACUUGAAACAAAUGAUGGCAAGUUAUAUAAAUCUCACUGA